UUUUUUUAGCCACGCCCUUUUUUCCUUUUCCUGCAUCAAUCAACAUUGAUAUUGACAGAAUGGUCAACCUUUCUUUCUCCCUCAAUUUCACUCAACUUUUCCUGACGCCCUUUUUUUCUUUUUCCGUCAUUAUUCUUUUACUUAUUUUCCCUCUCAACCAGGUCAAUUUUUGCUUAAAAUAUAGAGCUGACUCGGAUGACAUAGAGCUGACUCGGAUGACAUCAUCGAGCUGGGCUGAGACGAAUGGCACUAAAAUAGGUCCGUGAGAUCACUGAGCUGAAUUACACGGGUCCAAAAAUUUCUAAAAGGGGUAAAAACGGUCAGCAUUUUGUAAAAAAAUAUGAUUUCAAACACGCAAAAACUGAAAAACACAAUGAAAUACCGGACCAUUAGUUCCAAAACGUAGACCCG